ACUUUCUAGGGGUUCUGGAGACAGGAAAGAGGUGCCGAGAGAAAGGAGGGAUGCUUCCAGUUCAGAAGAAGGAGAUUUUCCGUGAGAUCCUUUUGAAUCACUUUAAGGAAAAUAAGGUGGAGAUAGCAAGUGCAGUAACAAAGCCAUUUCCCUUCCUUGAGAGCCUCAGAGAUAGCUCCUUCAUCACUGAAAAAAUCUAUAGUGAUUCUCAAGAAGCCUGUAGAAACUUGGUUCCUGUGGGGAAAGUGAUACAUCAUAUUCUCUGUCACCUUGAGAAGACGUUUGAUAAAUCACUUCUACGAGCCCUGUUCAUCAGGGUCCAUCUGAAGGAGUAUCCUGACUCAAUUCCGAUUCAUAGAAGCUUUGAAAAUGUGAUCCAAGACACAUAUUUUUCACAGGAAAGUGAUAAAGAGACAUUGAAAUUGCCCAGCUCUGAACAAGAUCCCGUGGACAUUGGAAACUCUUUUACUUGGGACAGACAUACUAGGAAUAAAGAUAUGUGCAAAUCUAGAAUUCUUGGUAUACAAAUGAAUCUUUAAAAAAUCUAUGCAACAUUAAAUCCAAUUGUUUACUACAUCAUUCAAAAUAAAAUAAUAAAUUUUAAAGA